AAAUAAAAUUCAGAUAUCGGGCGACGACGAUGAUUGGGGUCCGUGGCGGGAAGCCUCGUACGCUCACCUGCGCGCACGCGGAMUGCGGAGCUACUUUUUCGAGGCAGUGGAAACUAAAGGAACACGAGACCGUGCACACCGGAGCACGCCCGUGUCCAUGCACAGUUGCUGGUUGUGGUCGAAGCUUCAGGAGAAAAUCCCACCUGAGCCGCCACAUGGUUCUGCACAGAGGAGUCAAGAAGUUCCAAUGCCAGAUCUCCAGCUGUGGGAGGACUUUCUUCUACGCAGACAAGCUGAAGAGGCACGCCCUCUGUGCUCAUGGAGACAAAAACAGGUUUMAGUGCAGCCAGCCCAACUGCUCCUUAACCUUCAAAAAGCGCAGAUUGUUUAAGCUGCACCUACAGGAGCACGGUGUGGCUGCAAAGUUCAAAUGUUCCAAAGAUGGAUGUGCYGCUACGUUUGACUCUCACACUGCUCGUAAAGCUCAUGAAAAGAAGCAUGCAGGUUACCGAUGCCAUCAUCCGAACUGUCAGGUGCUGGAGCACACCUGGAGCAAGCUUCAGAAGCACAUGACCAAACAUGCAGCCACGUUCACGUGCGCGGUAUGUAAGAAGGUGUUCAAGAAGGCRGACGCUCUCCGGCAGCACAAACGGAAACACGCGUCCCUGAAGCCCGUGCUGAUGUGCCCCCGAGACGAGUGCCAGGCCUAUUUCUCCACGACCUUUAACCUGGAGCACCACAUCCGCAAAGUUCACCUGCAGCUCCUCAAGUACAAAUGCUCCUUCCCCGGCUGCCCACGCACGUUUGCAAUGCGGGAGAGCAUGGACAGACACCUCCUUCGCCAUGAUCCAAGUGCCGCAGCUCUGAGGAAACGCAGGAAGCCCAAGAAACCCUGGCAGAAGCGUCUGAAUGGAAGCCAGCAGCCGUCUGUGGAGGAGAACCUGCGCCGCCUCUUCACGCUGCGCAUGUGCGUCUCCAGACGCUCCAAAGUGGAGGCCGACCUGUCGGGCCUCUUCAACGAGAGGAAGAUCCCGCACCAYGUGGACCCCGAGGUCAACCUGCGGGACCUGUUCAAGGUGAAGCAGAGCCGUCCUGUGGAGGCUCCCGAGGCUGCGCCGGUGACCAGCUGAACAUCUGCAGGAGAAAUGGUUUUCAUAUCAGAAUUGGGUCUUUUUAGUUCCAGAGCAGUUUUUUUGUUCAUGUGAUUCAACGUGGUUGUAAAUUUAAUCAAAGUGAUUUUAUUUUAUGURUCGACCCAAUAAAAUGAGUUCAGUUUUGCUCAGUUGCA